CCACUGUCAGUGCGCGUUCGUCUGGAGCUCUCACCUUCCUGCGUGUCCCCCCCGCCGUUUACACGCGACGCACAGAGACAGAGAGCACGCACAUGGGAGAACGUGAGAUUUUUCUCCCUGCUGGGCGUCGCGCGUGAUGGCUUAUAUAUGAGGAGGGCACUUUGGGAGAGGCGCAGCGCUGAGACCGACAUACCGAGGCUGACUGAUCGGAUGGCUUUAAAAAGUUGUCCUGAGAGCAUGGACAUCUGACGGCGUCGUUGGACACAGUCUCAUCUCUCCAUCACAUCUUGGACUGACCUGAUCCCACGCGUUCUGUGUUUUUGGAGCGCGUGUCCUGGCGCAGGCUGCAUCCAGCGGCUCCGCGCAGCAGGAGAACAUCACCGCACCAAGAACGCACAUCAGCCCGAUGAGGGAGAGGUAUUUGUCUGCGUGACGUAAACAGGCUUUCCAACUUUAAAUUCUCACCGGUGGCUCCUUAUCAAAGCGCCUCGUCCGUUUCCAUGCCGUGCGCAUUUUCCGUACUGCGCAAGAAACACAUGGCCACAUGUGAAUGAGACUCGUUACCUGUCCCGCUCAAAGCGCCCGAACAAGUCUGACAGACUGACCGUCACCGAAGAGGAAUACGAGCCGAAGUUUUGCUGUAGUGAUGCUGCAAGUGGAGAUGGUCCUGUUCGUCUGCCUGGUGCUGUGGAUGUGUGUAUUUAGCCAGGAUCCCGGCUCCAAAGCGGUGGCCGACCGCUACGCCGUCUUCUGGAACCGGACCAACACGAGGUUCCACAGUGGGGACUACCACAUCGAUGUGUGCAUAAAUGACUACCUGGAUGUCUACUGUCCUCACUAUGAAGACACAGUUCCAGAGGAACGGACGGAACGCUAUGUCCUCUACAUGGUCAAUUAUGAUGGCUACACCACGUGUGAUCACACUGCCAAAGGCUUCAAACGAUGGGAGUGCAACAGGCCGCACUCACCAAAUGGUCCACUCAAGUUUUCAGAGAAAUUCCAACUCUUCACUCCCUUCUCCUUGGGCUUUGAGUUCAGACCGGGUCGAGAGUACUACUACAUCUCCUCCACCAUUGCAGAGAACGGGAGGAAAACGUGCCUGAAGCUCAAAGUUUUUGUCCGACCAACAAACAGCUGUGUGAAAACUAUAGGCGUACAUGACCGCGUUUUUGAUGUAACCGACAAAGUAGAAAAUUCAUUAGAACCACAAGAUGAUACCAGCCACGAAGCUGCUGAGCCUUCCCGAAGUAAUGAAACGAAUGCUGCGCCACACCUGCAGAAAACAAGUCCGCUCCUGGCUGUACUGCUGGCCUGUCUAGCAGCACUCUUCACUUUAUAGCGCCUCCCUCUGUUCCGGAGAGCAGUUACACCUAGUGUGGCUUGAAUCUGCCAAGGCUGCAGGGAAGGGGCAGGAUGUGGGUGGAGCAGGUUAACUGGAUCGGGCACCAACCAGGCUUCUCAAGGAACCCUCUAUUUUUACCCUUCCCUCCCUCAAAAAAUAUUUAAGUGGUCUUUUUCCAUCUGUGAGUGAUAAAGUUGAUGUUGGAAGUGGGAGAGACAGUUUUUCCCUCCUCUUAAACCUUCAACUAAGAUGCCAAAUCCUGUUUUUUGACACUUAGUGAUUCUUAUUUUCCCGUGACUUUUUACAUCAUGUUUAUGUCAUUGCAGCACUGAUGUUUACCCACAUAUCUGCACACGUAUGUGCACAUAAAAAAAAAAAAACAAUGCCUCUACAUUUUACAAAGUUGUAUACAAGAGCAGCAUUAGGAGCGUGAUGAAUGUAGGAGCUAGAAAUGACUGUACAUAAAUAUCCUAGUUGUCCCGAGACCUCUCAAGAAGCCUUUCAUAAAUUAUUUGGAGAAACACCUGACGGGUUUUAUUUUUCUUUCACUCUAUUGGGCAGUGCAAUACAGAGCGGAGUGAAAGAUGAAGACAUAGGAAGCAAUGGCUUUAAGCAGAGGUCGUUAUGAUCCAGACAGGAGAGCACAGCACUGAGAGCUUGUAGACAUUCGGGACCUUCGCCCACUGAUCUGCACAAAGUCCUAGAAUAAAACAGUUUUUCUUUUGAAUACAAUCUGUACAUGAGAUACCAACAGACAAUUAACAGAAACUGACUCCUUUUCUUACUCUGAGGCAUCCUCUUGGUGUCGCCCAUUAAUUAGAGAAUUCAGCCUUCUCAAUCUCAAUGCCUUUGGACUUACGCCAACUCAAUACACUUAAAUGGAAACUCACUGGGAACUUUUUAGAGCACCAUUAAAAUCAGGGAUCAAUUUCUUUUGUGAGUUCAUCACACAGUUUUCAAGACAGCACUUAACUGGCUAUUUUAUUUCAUACAGCUACACUUGUUCUCCCGGUCAGUAUUAAUGCUCACACAAACAGAUUUGUUGAUCUCGAGUGAUUAUUCUUUGCCAAA